GUGUUGAGAGUUGAGACACUGCCCUAAAGAUAUAACCUAUUCAAAUAUUAUUAUAUAUACAUAUAAAUAUACAGUAUUCAAACAUUUAUAACAUUUAUAAUUUUAUUUUAUUACUGCAACACAAUAAUUUAAAAAAAAAAUAAAAAUGUCUUAUAUGUUAUCGCAUUUACACAAUGGCUGGCAAGUCGACCAGGCAAUUUUAUCUGAAGAAGAUCGAGUUGUCGUAAUCAGAUUCGGCCAUGAUUGGGAUCCAAUGUGUAUGAAAAUGGACGAAGUGCUGUACAAUAUCGCAGAGAAAGUUAAAAACUUUGCUGUUAUUUAUUUGGUUGACAUAACAGCAGUUCCAGAUUUCAAUAAAAUGUAUGAGUUGUAUGAUCCAUGCACCGUAAUGUUUUUCUUCCGUAAUAAACAUAUAAUGAUUGAUCUUGGUACCGGUAAUAACAAUAAAAUAAACUGGACUCUCGAGGACAAACAAGAAAUGAUCGAUAUCAUUGAAACAGUCUACAGAGGAGCAAGAAAAGGCCGUGGUUUAGUUGUAUCACCCAAAGAUUAUUCAACUAAAUAUCGUUAUUAAUAUCUAUUACUAUUAUUAUUAGCGUCAUUAAAUGAUAUUUUAUUUAUUUAAUUUUUACUAGACAAAGUUAUCAAAGUUAAUUUAAAUUAAAAUCAGUUUUGUAAUAAAAUAAAUAUUAUUUUUUAUCAAUUUA